AUGAUGCAACUGCAAAUAUCGUUGAUUUGCUUGCUGCUUCUCAAUAAGCUGCAACAUGGCGUUGCUUUGUUGACACUGACAGAAUCCAGUGUGGAACGACUCGCCCAAGCGGCUUCCUUGUCAUACUUGGCGCAGGGCAAAAUGUCGACUUCACCAUAUAGCGGUACAUGUGAUCUUGAACUACUGUAUCAAUUUGUAGAUCCUGUCUCGGAAUCCGGUGCAACAAUUUUUGCCGACCAACACAAUCCUUCCACAUUGGUAGUGGCGUGUCGCGGAUCUGCCAAUCCAAAAAGCUUUGGAGCCAACCUCAAGUUCAAGCUAGUCCCGGCGACCCGACUGAGUCAAAAUAUAAUUCCAGAUGAUGCCAUGGUACACGAAGGCUUUCAAGAUGCUGCUAUUGGAUUGUGGAGACAAAUGGGGGGUACUUUGCUGGAUCUUGUUGUGGGUGAAUCGUCCUCCAUUAAGGAAAUCAUCUUUACUGGCCAUUCGCUAGGAGCUGCGACAGCCUUGCUUUGUGCUGUCCAUUACAAUGCUGCAGUGAUGAAUAAUAAUAGUAAUAAGAGUCCCACACCCUCCAUUGUCACCUUUGGUGGACCCAAACUAUGCAAUGGAUCCUUGGCACGACAUUUGAGGAAUGAGGCAUUGAAAGGAUGUAAUGUAUUGCAUUUGGUGCACAGUAAGGAUCCCAUUCUAGCCAACAAUAAAAAGCUCUGGGACAGUAUGGGAUUUGAGGAUGUGGGCAUUGAAUUGCAAUGUGACCCAACUGUGCCUAUCGUUUACAAGGAAACAAAGCCAGACAAAAAGGGAAUGUUUGGGAACUUUGCUUGGAACAUUUUGGAUCACUGCAAUUACAUGGGUGUCUUUGUUGGUCCUCGAAUGUGA